AUGAAAGAGGAGAUCUCGAAAUUCGAAAAAUCACGGAAGAAAAAUUGGAUGGAAUUGAAUCGAGAAUUGUUUGGUGUUCUUCAGCUUGGACUCGGCUUUUUCUUUAUUUUUGCUGCUUUUAAUUCACAAGCCUUCAUUGUGCUUGCUAUUAUUCGAAAUCUUUCUUCAGCUGGUGAACUUGCUCCAAAUGAUGGCUAUUACAGUAAAGGAAUCCUUUACUUCACUUUCAUGUUUUCAAAUCUCUUGGCACCGCCAGUGAUCUCAAGACUAGGUUCAAAGUGGGCAAUGGUUAUUGGUGCUUCAAGUUACAUGUUUUAUUUGUUAUGUUUUCUGGACUUAAAAACCUGGAUCUAUUUCACUGCAUCAGCUUUAAACGGAAUUGGAGCAGCAAUUUUGUGGACAGCCAAUGGUGUAUUUCUCGUAGAAAUCUCAAAGAAAGAGAAUCUUGGGAGAAAUAGUUCCGUGAUGUGGACAGUGAUGCAGACAUCACUCUUGGCUGGAGCUUCGAUGCUGGCAUUGUUCCUUGGUGAUAGUGAUCUUAAAUCAGUCUACCGACUCGUCUACACCGUUUUCUCUGUUGUCGCUGGAGCUGGUGUUCUUACAUUGGCUCUCUUGCCUCGAAAACGUUCCUGGUAUGAGCACACUGAUGUUUCUAGAGAACCGACAGAGAACAGUCUUCUUGGAGCGGAAGCUGGGAAUGAUUCUGUUAAGAUCACUCCACCAUCAAUUGCUCAAGUAUUCGUAAGCACUUUCAAGUUGGCUGUUUCAAAGAAAAUGCGGACUCUUCUCGUCGUUUUCUUCUUCUUGGGAAUCGAAUCAACUUUCUCUCAUGGAAUUUAUCCAGCUAGUGUUGCGGCAACGGGACAAUUUGCGGACAGAGAAACAAUUCUCCCUUACUUGGUCUUCGCUUUUGGGACAGGAGUUGUGAUCAGCGGUUUAAUAUUAACAAGAAAAAAGUCGGCUCUCGGUAACAAAUGGGUGGUUCUUUUGGGGACAAUUUUGAUGAUUGCCGGCUAUUUAUUCAGCUAUCUUAUUCUCCCAGCAGAAGCAGCUCUUGGAAAAACGGAGAAAUUGGCAAUGAUUGCUCCAAACAAAUUUCUUUUCUUAAUUCCUCCAUUCCUGUUGGGAUUGGGGGAUUCUUGUUGGCAGACUCAAGUGGUGACGCUUGUUGGUGGAGUGUGGAGAGACAAAGAUUCCGCGCCAGCAUUCGCAUGCUUCAAGUUUUUCCAAGCUGGAGCCGCUUGUUUCGCUUACGUUUUGGGCGCUCAUUUCCUUCUUCACUAUAUUCUAGCCUUCAUUAUUCUCUUGAUUAUAACAUCAACAAUUUCAUUUUUCUUAGUGCACAAUUGGGCUUUUAAAGAAGGAACACAAGCGUCUGAGGAAAAA